UAAAGACUGGUUUUUGGCAAGAAGCAUCAAUAAAUAAUAAAUCCAGGAAGCAAAAAUUUGAUAAUGGAUUCAGAAUUAAUACCUAGUGUAAUAGGAAGCUAUAUUAAACCUCCAGAAAGAGUAUUUGUUUCAUCAUUCACCAAAAAUGAAUCAGAAUUGCCACCCAAGAUGAAUCAGAAUUGCCACCCUUUGAACUUAGAAGUCACCUCUCCUAAAAUGUUUCAUAGCCCAAAUAGCCAAGCUCUUAUUUUGGCCUUAAAAACUCUUCAGGAAAAGAUUCAUCGUUUAGAGCUGGAGAGAACACAAGCUGAAGAUAACCUGAACAUUCUUUCUAGAGAAGCAGCGCAGUAUAAAAAGGCCUUGGAGAAUGAAACAAAUGAGAGAAAUCUGGCACACCAGGAACUGAUAAAGCAGAAAAAAGGUAUAAGUUUACAGUUACGCUCAGCCCAGUCACGCUGUACUCUUCUAGAGAAGCAACUAGAAUAUACAAAGAGAAUGGUUCUCAAUGUAGAACGAGAAAAGAAUAUGAUCUUAGAACAACAGGCCCAGCUUCAAAGGGAAAAAGAACAAGAUCAGUUGAAGCUGCAUGCAAAACUUGAAAAGCUUGAUGUCUUAGAAAAAGAGUGUUUUAGAUUGACAACAACUCAGAAAACUGCUGAGGACAAGAUUAAACAUCUAGAAGAAAAACUUACAGAAGAAGAGCAUCAACGUAAGCUGUUUCAAGACAAGGCUUCAGAGCUUCAAACUGGACUUGAAAUCAGUAAAAUUUUAAUGUCUUCAGUUUCAAAAUCAAAACUCUCAAAGGAAAAAAAGAAAUCUUCUGAGAAAACUAAAAGUUUAAAAAGAGGACCAACUCAGCAAAUUUAUUCAAAGCUUAGAGAACUGCCUUUUGAGGCUGAAAAGUCUGCAGCCAGUUCUGCGAAUGGGAGCAUGUACAGCCUUUUAAAGAUGAUGCAUCAUUGUAGCCAGUGUAGCCUUCAGAAACCUGAGGUGACUGAGCCUAGAUGUCUUUACAGACCUACCAGAAAAACCUCACGGUACAAAGCUGUACCUCAGGACUCAGAAAAGUCCAUUUCCAUUUGUGACAAUUUGUCUGAACUUUUGAUGGCAAUGCAAGAUGAGCUGGACCAAAUGAGUAUGGAGCAUGAAGAACUACUGAAACAAAUGAAAGAAACUGAAAGCCAUUCAGUCUGUGAUGACAUAGAAUGUGAACUAGAGCAUUUAGUAAAGAAAAUGGAAAUUAAAGGAGAACAAAUUUCCAAACUGAGGAAGCAUCAAGACAAUGUUUAUAAACUGCAACAAAAAGUUCAAAACUCAAAGAUGUUGAGCAACACUUCAGUUAUUCAACGAGAAGAUAGCAACCUUAAAGGAUCAAAGAACAUUAAAAAUAGCCCCAGAAAAUGUUUGAAUGAAACUAACCCUUUUCAGAAAAACAACAAUUUUCAUCCAGUACAAGUUCAUAAUCUUCAAAUGAAAUUAAGAAGAGAUGAUAUCAUGUGGGAACAGUAACACAGUAGCAAAACUGUCACCUAAAAUGAACUUUGUCAGUAAGAUCUUGAAUUGUCUAAAGUGUUUUUAAUUUAAAAUAACUGUGAAAUUUUGAAUUAUGUUUCUGGUCUCUAUAAAACACAAAGUUGUUGUAUACUUUAAAAUUAAUGCCUAAUGACCUAGUAAGAAUCCCAAAUAAUAAGUGAUUGCCCUUUUCUUUCUUAUUUUCCAAAGUCCCUAACCUAAUCAUGCCUUAAGAAUAUUGUUCAGUUUGCAGAUAUCUUUAGCUGAAUCUAAAAAUGUGUACCAGAUAUUCAAAACUGAGUUAAAUCUGAGAUAUAAGUAUGUUCUACUUCUUUACUUACUGCUCUUAUGACCUUAUAAACCAAUGUUAAAUGCA